AUGGGAGGAUACCAAAAAAAUUGGUCCCUCUUCGGCUCCACGCCCCGGCUUCACGUCCCGGCCCCGGCUUCACGUCCCGGCCCCGGCUUCACGUCCCGGCCCCGGCUACACGUCCCGGUCCCGGCCCCGGCUUCACGUCCCGGCCCCGGCUUCACGUCCCGGCCCCGGCUUCACGUCCCGGCCCCGGCUUCACGUCCCGGCCCCGGCUUCACGUCCCGGCCCCGGCUUCACGUCCCGGCCCCGGCUUCACGUCCCGGCCCCGGCUUCACGUCCCGGCCCCGGAUUCACGUCCCGGCCCCGGAUUCACGUCCCGGCCCCGGAUUCACGUCCCGGCCCCGGCUUCACGUGCCGGUUACACCCCCCCGGUCCUUCCUACGGUUUGCCACAGCCACCCCUCUGUGGCUCCUGGUGUUCCCAGAGGUCUUCCACAAGGCCGGAUUAGCAACACCAGGGGCCCUGGGCACUGAGACUCACCAGGCCCCGUCUCUAACCUAA